GUCUCUCCGCACAUCCUCCCCCACAUUAACAGCUUAGCAGCAGCGGCUCCUACAGCAUCCCUCCAUCCCUCCGCCUGCCUGCCUGCCUGCCUGGGGAGCAGCGGUCCAGCCCGGCGCAGCAGCGACGCACGGAGGGGGCGCAUCCUCCAAGUGAUGCUACAGCAUCCGCCGCAUUUCGACCACAAAUACUGAGGAGUAGAUCCCAAACGAAGGAGAGAACCCCGCUUCAGUCUCGAAGACAGCAACUGCCCAUGAAGAUGUCUAACGCUGACAUCGUCUUAAACCCCACCGAUCGGGUGGUAAAAUCUGUCCCAUUCCCCCUGAGCCACCACCUUACGAUGAAGGAGGUGUUUGACUGUGAAGGCAAACCUCGGGUGGAUCUCCUGAAGGCUCACCUGACCAAGGAGGGCCGUGUGGAAGAGGCAGUGGCUCUUCGAAUCGUCAAUGAGGGAGCAGCCAUCCUCCGCCAGGAGAAAACUAUACUAGACAUCGAGGCGCCAGUCACAGUCUGUGGGGACAUCCACGGGCAGUUCUUUGAUCUUAUGAAGCUGUUUGAAGUGGGAGGAUCUCCUGCCACAACACGGUACCUCUUUCUUGGGGACUACGUUGACCGUGGCUACUUCAGUAUUGAGUGUGUUUUAUACCUUUGGUCGCUGAAAAUCCUCUAUCCAAAGACACUAUUUUUACUUCGUGGAAAUCAUGAAUGUAGACAUUUGACAGAAUAUUUCACCUUCAAACAAGAAUGUAAAAUCAAGUACUCGGAGCAGGUGUAUGACUCGUGUAUGGAUGCAUUUGACUGCCUUCCCCUGGCAGCGCUCAUGAACCAGCAGUUUCUGUGUGUCCAUGGGGGACUUUCACCUGAAAUACACACCUUAGAUGACAUUAAAAAGUUGGAUCGAUUCAAAGAGCCUCCGGCGUUCGGGCCCAUGUGUGACCUGCUGUGGUCAGACCCUCUGGAAGACUUUGGCAACGAGAAAACCCAGGAAUAUUUCAGCCACAACACGGUGCGAGGCUGCUCCUACUUCUACAGUUAUCCUGCGGUUUGUGAGUUCCUACAGAGCAAUAACUUAUUAUCAAUAAUCCGAGCACACGAAGCACAAGAUGCUGGCUACCGGAUGUACCGUAAGAGUCAGACCACUGGGUUCCCGUCCCUCAUCACCAUCUUCUCAGCUCCAAACUACCUGGAUGUUUACAACAACAAAGCUGCUGUACUGAAAUAUGAAAAUAAUGUCAUGAACAUUCGACAAUUCAACUGCUCACCACAUCCCUACUGGCUGCCCAAUUUCAUGGACGUCUUCACUUGGUCCCUGCCGUUUGUUGGAGAGAAAGUCACAGAAAUGCUGGUGAAUGUGCUGAGCAUCUGCUCCGAUGAUGAACUCAUGAAUGAUGAAGAUGAGAUUUUUGAUGCAAAUGCAGCCGCAGCCCGUAAGGAAGUGAUCAAAAACAAGAUCCGUGCGAUUGGAAAAAUGGCUAAAAUGUUCUCCGUUCUCAGAGAGGAGAGUGAAAAUGUGUUGACGCUUAAGGGCCUGACGCCCACUGGCAUGCUGCCAAGUGGGGUUCUCUCUGGAGGCAGACAGACCCUGCAGAGUGCCACCAUUGAAGCCAUUGAAGCCAUCGAGCCGCAUGAUGAGGACAGAGAAGCUAUCCGUGGGUUCUCCCCCCAGCACAAGAUCACCAGCUUUGAGGAGGCGAAGGGCUUAGACCGCAUCAAUGAGCGCAUGCCGCCCCGCAGGGAUGGGGUGAAUCACGUAGGUCACUCCAUGGGCAAGAUGAAUAUGUCAGAGGCCAACGGCACAGAAGACAACAGCAACAUCCAGUGAUGCUGCUGUCUGAGCCUCGGACGUGUGCCACCGCUGCACCGUGCAGCCAGACUUUUGCUUAAUCGGAAAUUCAGGCCUCAGAACUUAGACAUAAAACAGGCCUACAUGAGUGAACAUGAAAUCUGCAGCAAAACUAAAAAUGGGGGACAGGUCAUUUAUUUCAUGACAGCGUGUCACUGCACUGUUGGGGGAGGGAGGGGGUUUGCAUCGAAGGGCAGGGAUGAGGAGAGACCCAUGAGCUGCAGCUAGGAGUGGCUGAGAGUUGUGUCUGGCUGUAGUUGCCUUUCUCCGGUCAACUACAGACUGGAUUGUUGGGGACAGGCUUGUUUUGCGUGCGAACCCACGUGUGCUCCUUCAUCACAGGGCCUGACGGAAGAAAUACUUGCAACAUCCAUGCCACACAACAAUCGUUUUACUGUUUUAUAAAGUAUUUAUUAAGAGUCACUCAUAAAUGCACUCCAAGAGGAAAGUAAUCUUUAUCUAACUGUUUUGCUCGUAUAAGGUCAUAGCACAUGCAAGGAGGCAAACAGUGAAGCCUCUUUAGAUCUGCAGUGAUCCAUCUUACCAGUGGACUUUCAUUUAUUGAUUUACCUGUAAGAUGCUGCCAUCCUGCAAGAAAAGAGGUACUCGUGUGUGCUCACAAUGGAGAAAAAACACACCAGAGUCCACCUUUAACACCUUAGUAAUCUCCAGCAGCACCUCUUUCCUCUUUUCUUUACAGUCAGUCACUUCUCAGUAGGACGUACCUCAUUGAGGCAUUAAAGAGGAGAGAGGAUGAAAGGAGCGUUACCUCAGCAUUACCUCAGAUUAAACAUCCAGAUUAUAGACAUCACCCUUCAUUAAACAGUGACUCUCAGUGGGUUUUGUUUCUAUCCACAGCAUCCUAAAAAUUUAUUUACCUCGCUUUCAAAAGUUGCUCAAACACUUCACUCCAGAACUGCAUGGCAUAUAAACCCACUUCACCUCACAGGACUACUAAAUCGGUUCAUUUCAUGGAAUUGUGUUCACUCUGAGGGUGACUGUGGAUCAUCUCACUUUACUUCUGCAUCAGCAUCGGUUCCAGGAUCAUAAAGGAAAACAGAAGAACGACGGGAUAUACCCCACUAACGAGACACCAUUUUAUUUGUUCCCACCUGCUUGCUACUAGUGAAAUAGUGAGAUCAGAGGGUGACGUGCACAUCAGCAACUUGUGAGUUUUUACAACUUUUGCUGAGCAGAACAUUUGAAGAUUUUAUGCUUAUGCAAAAAAAGAAGAGUCUGAUGAAACAGGAAGUUCUAGAAAUGCAUUUUUAAAUGUUGCAAAAAUAAACAAGGUUCAAAUUUGCAGGUUUAGAUCCUUUAUUAGUUUGACAUUCCCCACCAAAAAAGUCCCAAUCAGAAUUCAGUUUGGCAACGCUUUUAAAAUGAAUUGGUCAGGAAUCAAUUAAGAAGAACUUUUUAGAAAUGCAACCGAUUAUAUAAUAAACCAGGAUUAUUCAAGUUUCUUCAUAAAAAUCAGGAUAAAUUAUGGAGUAAGAUGAGGUCAAACAAAAAAAGAUAUAAAAAUUCACUGUGAUGCUAAUGCAUUCAACAGUCAUGUUCAUAAACGGUCAGAUAUGGUUUCAUAGCUGCCAUGUGGCUUUGCAGAAUUGUAAAACAGAAGUCAAAAACUGAAGUUGUUAGAAUAAACACCGAUGAACCUUUGACUUUGUGUCACACAAGCAACACAUUUCUAGAACUUCUCGUUGUUUAAUAUUUUUUCAGAUCCCAUGACAUAUUUCUUUUCAGUGAUGAAGGUAUGUGAAUUAUAGAUGGACAAAAGUGACUUAACACAGCAUCUAUGAUAUGGAACGCAUCAAUGCAUGCAAUUAAGUUCCUAUUGUUACGUGAGGUUAUAAUCGUGUUAGUUGUAUUUCAAAUAGUAAACUUGAAUUAAUUUAUCUUUUUUUAAUUAAAUUUGUAGUUUUGUCUUGUUUUAUAACAUUUGAUUAAUAGGCUUCCUUUGAUUGUUUUUGGUCCACUUUCUGGUAUUUUUUUUAUUAUCAUAAUUAUUUUGUUUACAUUUUUUUUACCACCAUGGCUUUUAAUUUUAUAUUGGUUUAUUGUAUGCAGAGAUGCCCUUCUAAGGUGUGAAGCCUUGUGAUAUAUAUUUUUUCUGUUGUACUGAUGUACAGGAAAUGUUCUAUAGUGUGAAUGAAUAUAUUCUCAGUGAAAAGCAACUUUUCAGGCUGCCAAAGCAUGAUAGCAUGGUUUUCAAAUGUAAAUGAACAGGACACACAGAAAAUCAGGUGUCGCACAUUUAACAGGAAACAUUGUAUUCUGGUUCUAUUUACUGCUAAUAUUAUUAUUCUUAUUAUUAUUGUUACAAUUUAGCUGAUGGUUCUUUUCAUCCUCUGUUUCUGGUUCUCGUUUAGUCUAAAUGCAUACUUCGACAAAGAAAUAUAAUGGAUUUUAUCUUGCAACAUUUUUUAUCUAUGGAAAUAUGUUUUGGCAUUUGACUUCCUGAAUAAUACACACAAUUGUAAGCAUGCCCUAUGGGACAAAUCACAUUUUUUUACUCUUGAAUAAAAUAUGCAUGAACAAA